GCCGAUUACGGUUUUGUGUUUGUUUGAUCUAGCGCCCUGAAAGAGCAGAGUAAUCCUGGAAAAGUAAUCAGAGUCGACUUUUAUCAUCCAUCGGUGACUCUUGAAUGUUUAUAAGAUGUUUCAGGAUCUUUCAGUUUUUCCUGAGGAGGUCCAGCAGCUGUCAAUGAUCAAAGAAGAGAAUUCCCCUAAGCAGGAGGAGAGGAGCUCCAGUCUAAACCAGAAGAUUUGUGAGCCUCUGCGCAUUAAAGAGGAACCAGAGGAACUGUUGAGGAGUCAAGAGGGAGAGCAUCUUCAAGGGCCAGAGGAAGAUGAUAUCAAGUUCAGUUUUGUUCCUGUUUCUGUGAAGAGUGAAGAUGAUGAAGAGAAACCUCAGUCCUCACAGCCUCAUCAAAGACAACCUGGACAGAUUGAAACAGGAGCUGCUGGAGAGGACUGUAGACCAGAGACACAGGUAGACAGGUACAUUGACCCAGACAGAGAUUUACAUCUAGAGACUGAGGUCAAGACUGAAGACUCUUCUGAUCCUGAGACUGAUGACAGUGCUGAUUGGCGGGAGACAACAGAACACCAGUCAGGUUUAAACUCAGCAGAAAACAUCUCAGAGGGAGCAAAGACGGAAAAGAAAUCACAUAGCUGCUCCAAAUGUGGUAAAAAAUAUAAAUACAAAUGUCGACUUCGACGUCAUAUGAGAAAUCAUUAUCGAAAGAAACCCUUAAGAUGCUCCAAGUGCGGUAAAGAGUUUCAAUCUGGACAAUGGCUGAAGAAACAUAAGGUAGUCCAUACCAGAAAAAAAACACAUACUUGUUCUAAGUGUGGUAAAAGAUUUGUUAGAAAAUCAAAUAUGACCAGACACAUGAGAAUUCACACAGGAACCUUUAGCUGCUCUGUGUGUGGCAAAAACUUUGCUCUAGUAAGUAGUCUGACCUCACACAUUAGAAUUCACACGGGAGAAAAACCCUUUAGCUGCUCUGUCUGUGGCAAAAAAUUUACUAAUAAAACAUAUUUGACCAGACACAUGAUAAUUCACACGGGAGAAAAAGCCUUUGGCUGCUCUGUGUGUGGCAAAAGAUUUACUCUAUCAGGUGGUCUGGCCUCACACAUGAAAAUUCACACGGGGGAAAAACCCUUUGACUGCUCUGUCUGUGGCCAAAAAUUUAUUAAAAAAACAAAUAUGACCAGACACAUGAGAAUUCACACAGGGGAAAAACCGUUUGGCUGCUCUUUGUGUGACAAAAAAUUCAUUCAAAGAGUUUCUCUGACCUCACAUAUGUUAAGUCACAAGAAUGGAAAAGAAACAUUCAGUCGCGUUAGUCCACAAGAUUGCCUAAAAGAAUACUCAAGUCUUCACGUGAAUGAGAAACACUUGUGCUGCUCUGUGUGUGGUGAAAUAGUUAGAUUAUGGACUAAUCGGAAACUUAGUAUGGCCCAUUACACAGGAGAGAAACCCUUCUGCUGCUCUUUUUGUAUUGAGAGAGUUCAGCCUCAUCCAACACUUGACAGCAAAUCAGAGGGAUGAUAAAUCCUUUGACAAUCAAGUUUCAGAGCAUCUUCAGAACAAAGCCUCAUAAGAACAAAACUGAAGAGAAUUUUCUGUACCUGAGACUGAUGACGCUUGUUAUUGGAAGGAGACCGGAGAACAUCAGUAUUGUUUACCUUCUGAAAAAAGGUGAAUUUCUUUUAGUGUUAUGAAAUGUGAUACUGUUGAGAAACCAAUGUUGGUACAGUAAUACAACCUCAGUUGCAAAAAAGU